CUGUAUCACCAAGCAGCAAACAAACAACAUGGCGUCUAGCAGAAGUUUUGCAAGUUUACCGUUUUAAAACGACACUUAUUGUAUACACAAUUGUAGACUAGAGUGUCAAGAAAAACCUGCAACCAUGGAUGACAGACUGAAGUGGUUGGAGACAAGAAUUAGUUCCUCAUUAAGGCCAAGGAAUGAGGAACUAAAGAAUAUGUUCUUAAAUGAUGAAAACAGACUGGCCUUCUAUGAGUUUAUAAACAAUGAGGACGUUAGGAAAAUGUUUGUGUUUAUAAAGCCACCAUGUCAGAUUAUUGCCGCUCUACAGCCCCCACAUGAUCUCAAGUACAAGUCCAUAUUCUUCCUGAAGAGCAACACUGGAACAAAGAUAACCAAGGAUAAUAUCAGUGAUGAAGUGUUCUACAUAGACUGCACAAAUAUUCCUCUGGAGCACCUUGAGUUGAUCGUUCGGGAAGUUUACUUGCCUCUGAUGUGUACCAAUCAGUCAGUUAUGAGUACCACAGGGGGUGAUAAAGUUAUGGAUGUCUUACACAGACUUAUGUCUGCUGUAGAGAUCACACAGGGACAUGUUGAGGGAAGAAUAAUUCUGAGUUUGCCAUCAAUAGAAGUGUUAGCUGAGGCAGCAGCAGCCCCAAAUAGACGUGGAGCUGUUCUACAUGUACUUGAAACCACAGUUCUUGGCUGGAUAAAACAAAUCAAGGGAGUUCUUAGGCAUGACCCCAUACAAGACCUAUUCCAGCAUUACGGCUCUGAACCAGGUCCUCUAGAUGAAAUAAAGAUGUGGGAGAGACAGCUGGGACGUCUGCAUUCCAUACUGAGACAGUUAGAGUCUGCUGUAGCGAAGGACAUCCUACAUAAUCUUGAACAGGCACAGAGCCAGUAUGCUCAUUCCUUUAACCAUGUCAGAAAGGAUGUGAACAAGGCUGUUCGUGAGACAAACAGAAUCCUGAGUUUUCUGAGCACCAUGCGGUGGCUGUUAAAUGAACUUCACCAGGCAGUUGAACCACUGGAAAUGUUGAGACUCUUCAAACCACUCAUGCAGGUUCUGUUCCUGGUGUGGUCAAACUCAACAUACUAUCAUCAAAUGGACAAGUUCCACAAUGUGUUGAGAUUGCUGUCAAAUGAAGUUGUACACAGAGCUAUAGCUCUUGUUGGAGAAGAUAUUUUAAGAGAACCCCUUGAGUCAUACACAAAGCUGAAAGAAGCAUUGAGAGUUUGUGCAGGGUUUAGAGGAACGUACCUGGAUUUCAAGGACAAGGCUGAUGAUCAAAAUGCCAAGAACAUUGCUGAAAAUGCUGAAAGAUUGGCAUCCAGACCACGGGAAGGUACAGUUUUCCUCACAAAGAUGUAUGGACCACAUGCCUUCGCUCCCCGUUAUGGCCUACGUCAUGGUGACAACAGCUCUAGUGAUGGUUCUCUAGAUGAAGAUGAGCUUUGGACUGACAGCCCCUGGCCACCAAGAAAUGCCCCUUGUUUUGACCUCUUGAAUGCUUUCAUGGAGAGAUGCAAUGAUGUACUAGAACUGGUAGAGACUACAAGACAUUUCCGUCUACUGGCUGGGGCUGCAGAGAUUGGAGGGGCAGGGAACAUGAGUCUGGAUGCACUGGUCAAGGAGAUCCAUGAAAAAUACACACAAGCCAUGGCUGACUUCUUCUCUGUCGUGGAUAAUGUGCUCAGUAUUGAUGGCUCACAGAACUUUGAAAGAGCUUUCUUUCAAUUCAGGACAGUUGUCAAGUCAUUAGAGAAAAGAUUGGCAGAGAUUCUAAGGUUAUCAUACAACCAGUGUCCUACAGUAGAUGCUCAGCUACGGUUGCUAGAGGUGUUUGAAGGUGUCAGUGGUCGAGAACUUGUGCAGGCUCAUCUACAUGACAAGGACAGAGCUUUAGUACUUGCCUUUAACCAGGAGCUCAAUGAUGUACGUAAAAUGUAUGCAGAGGGACAUCUGGAUCCUCCCCAGCAUUCUAAUAUGCCACCAGUUGUCUCCAAACUUAUGUGGGUAUCAGCACUGAAAGAAAGAAUCAAGAGGCCAAUGGAGAAGAUGAAACGGGUGAGUCCACAUUCACUGGAGGGGGAUGAAGGAUGGCAGAUGAGAGACAACUACAUGGAAGUAUUCAGAGAUCUUGAAGACUAUGAGGCACUUAUAACUGAUGAAUGGAGGACAAAUAUCACAGCUGAGUUAACCAUGAGAUUGAAGCAGCCACUUUUGAUAGCAGAAGAGUAUGAUGAAGACAUUGAGGUGCGGCCACAGGUCGUUCAUGUGAAUCUGGAUCCCCAGCUGUUGUUACUGUUGAAAGAAACCCACUAUUUGAGCCACGAACCUUUCAAUAUCAAAUUACCAGAGGCAGCGAAAGAACUGCUGAGGAACAGUAAUCCAUUUGAACUGCGUGUCACAGCAACCAGACUUGAAACAAUUGUAUCCAAGUACAAUACAAUUAUGAGAACUAUGACACAGUUUGAAAAACCUUUGUUUGAAAGGAAACUCUCCAAGAUAGAUAUUUUGUUUGAACAAGGUUUACAAGAGUACACAUGGAAGAUGAAGGAAUCAGCAGAUUUCAUUGAACAGGCCAUGGCGCUUGUCUGUCUGGAUGUACAUCAGAAUCUUGACAUUGUACAAACCAACUCUCAUGAGAUUGCUGAGAUCACAAUCUCAUGGUCAAAGGGUACACUUGAUGUGUUUUCUGCAAGAGAUUCUGGACUGUCAUACUCAAUGGAGGAGUUGCUUGGCAUGCAAGCGAGAUUGACAGAGGACCACGAGAGCUUGGUUGUUCCAUCUGGUCACAAAAUACAUUCACUUGUGUUGAAUUCAUUUGAGGCUGUACAGAUAUCUCAGGCAUCACCAGCUUGGCAGGACUUCAUUGAUUAUAUAGAUGCUAUUGUGUUGGAUGGUCUCAAACAGGCAACACUAACCAGUCUUAAAACCAUGCUCAACAAUCUAGUCCAAGCGAACAUGGCAGAGGACGAUGAUUCUGUUAUCCCGAUUCUGACAAUACGUCUGGAGUUGAUAGACAAUCGUGUGGCAUUUAGACCACCUCUAGACCAGACAACAUCCGUGAUAAGUGUCCAAGAACUGGUUCAUCAGUGGCUUGAUGGAUUUUUAGCAAGAGGACGCCUUGUCAAAAUGCUGGGUCCAAAGGGUACCUACCAGGACUAUAUCUCAGCUGAUGAAGAAGUGAAACAACUCCUGGUUGAUACAAACAAACUGGUAGAAGAAAAUGGUGAAGAGUGCAAGAAACUUCUGGAAAUAUUCAGUGAUUAUGCCUUCCUUUGGUUACAAGAUGUAAACAUCACGUUUGACGAAUUUUUACGAGGAAAUUUGACCCCAAAUCCUCUACGUAGCCCUCACAGAGGACAUGCCGGCAGUAUUAGACAGCAGAUGGCUGAAAGGUCUAGGACUGUAUCCAGGGCAUCAACAGCCAGCAGUGUCCAGUCUGCUGGACAAAUGGGAACAGCUGAGAGAACAUUCCUUACACCUAAACACACUCAAGCCAACAUGCCAUCCAACGUGCCAUCACUGGAUGAGUUUGAUGCUGAGAUUGAAAUAUAUCGGACAGCAAGAGAUGAGAUACAGAGUUUAGAAGAUUUCCACAACAUCGGCUGGCUGAGAGUUGACCUGCAGCCUAUAAAACAGGUGCUUACAACCUAUGCUGCUAAAUGGAUGUGGACCUUCACAAAAUACCUCUCAGAUCAGGUCACUCAUAUGUUGGAAAAGUUAGAUGAUUUUUUGAAGCGUAUAGAACCAGAGAUAGAAAGUAUCACAGGGGAAGAGAGAGACACUGCUUCAUUCAUGAAAAUGAUGAGACUAUUCAAUGAGGUAUCUGCUCAGCAGUCAGAGAUGGAUGGAAAGUUUGCUGCCAUGCACAGAACCGUUCUCUUGUUGAAGAAGUAUGGUCAGAAAUUGCCUGAUAAAACACAGCAGUUGUUCAAUGCUGCACCCAGCAGGUGGAAUAAUCUCAAAACCAAAGUGUCACUGGCAAAACAACGACUUGGGCCAAGAAUUCAGGAGGAGUCGGUCAGAAUAACUCAGGACCUUGAAGCGUUUGGUCGCCGGGUGAACUCUCUCAGCAAGGAGUUAGAGAACUCAGACAUAUACAAUAGAGAAUGUGAAAUCGGAGAUGCCUGGGAUUCUAUAGACAGCUUCUCUAAGAGGCUGACCAUUCUUGAGAAUGAAGCUCAAGAUUUGAUAGAAUUGCAGGAGCUUCUUGAAGCUUCUGUUGUCAACUUCAAUGUCUUACCGACAUGCCGACAUGAACUGAACAACUUGAAACAAGUGUGGGAAACAAAGAGGGUAAUUGAUGAACAGCAAGGUGAGUGGAAGAGACAUCGAUGGCAGAAGAUGAACACAAAAUUCCUGCGUGAUGAGACAAAUAAACAGUUGGACAUUGUACGAGCCCUGCCUGAGGAUGUCUUUACAUGGGAUAUUUACAUGGGUCUUCAUGAAUCCAUCACUAAUAUACAGGCUUGCCUACCAUUGAUUGACGACCUCAGUAACCCUGCAAUGAGAACGAGACACUGGAAACAGCUGGUACGUGUGACAGGAGGAGCUAUCUCUAUAGACAACGACUCACUUAAGAGGAUGACACUAGGAGAUCUUCUUGGUCUUGGACUUCAGCAACAUGUUGAUGAUGUCCGAGCAAUAGUGCAGAGAGCAGUAAAGGAUCUGUCUAUAGAACAAUCCCUGAAGACAUAUGAGGAGGUGUGGUUGAGUAAAAUAUUUCAGUUCCUGGUUCACAUACGCAGCAAGAGUGCUGAAAUGGCAGGAGAUGUGACAGUUCAUGAUAAUCAGAGUGAGAUUUCCCAGAGUGAGACAGGUGACCAGAAUCAGCCCCACAAACCAGGUCCCAGUCGCAGCCAAGUGAGAACAACAAGCAGAGUAUCGAACCAGAGUUCUCACAGCAAAAACAAACGUAGUAGCAUAGCCUCACUGCCAGCAUCUCUACUAAACCUAGCUGAUGACACAGGCCAUCAUGUUCUGCUGGCAAACACUGACCCAAUUUUUGAGGAGCUCGAAGGUCAUCAGGUGACCUUGCAGGCCAUGCAGAGCAACAGUGCUGCUGGAUCUUUCCUUGAUGAGGUUGUCAAGUGGCAGAAACGAUUGCAGACAAUAGAAGCUGUACUGUCUACAUGGUUAGAAGUGCAGGAAAAAUGGGUGGAACUAGAAGAGGUAUAUUCCAGUGCAGAUGUAAGAACAGCACUACCACAUGAUGCUAACAGAUUUGCCAUUGCUAACAGAGAUUUCCGACUGCUAAUGAGGGCAACAGAGAAAAAUCCCAACGUCCUGCAAUGCUGCUCAAGAAAAAAUAUCCUGACAAUACUGGAGCACAUGAAUCACAGUCUGGAACACUGUAGAAAGUCUCUGCUGAACCACCUAGAAAGACGGAGACAGAUAUUUCCACGCUUCUACUUCCUGUCUAUGGAGGAUGUUCUACACAUUGUCUGUAAUGGUUAUGAUUUAGGCCAAGUUAACCUAUACAUCAGUAAGUUAUUUGAGAAUAUUGGGAGCCUGGUCUAUGAAGAGACAGAUGAUAAUGACAAAUAUAAUUUCAUGAUCACUGGAGUGCAGAGUGCCCUUGGAGAGAAACUCCAUUUCCAACAGCCUGUCACAUGUGAAGGACAGAUCGAGACUUGGCUCAGCAGUUUCCUGCAGGGUGUCAAAAAUGCUCUGCAAUUCCAGUUAGCAACCGCUUUAGGUAUAGAGAAAGCUCCAAUCAAAACACGCCAGAUCAGAAGUGCAGGCUCUAGAAGGGUGACUGUCCCAGCUCAAGAAUCUAAGUCAGCUUCUAAAACAAAUAAAGGUGAGAAGGCAGGAAGUCGCACAAGCAGUCGGGCUGGAGGUAGUAUAGACAGCAAGGGUAACCAGAAACCCCCUAGUCGACCACCUUCUGUCACAGAACAGAUUUUUGAGGAUGGCUUAGAGGACCCAAAACGUUCCUGGACUUUAGAUCAUGUCACUGAAAUCGUCUACUUGGCUACACAAGUACAAAUGACUGAACAGAUAGAAGCAGCACUAGUACAGAUGGAGGAAGGAAAAGACGAUGCAUUAAAGGAUAUGUUACAGAAGAUCAAUGAGAGUAUAGUAGGUACUACUGUCUUACUGAAAGGUAUUGAAGGCGAGAAAGAAAAGAAACAUAAACAUAAAGGACAUAAAGAUGGAGAAACAGAUAUUUUAGAUGACACAAACUCUCUGGCUGGAGGUACGGGGGUUAGGAGUAGCAAUGCACCUUCACUCGGUGCCUCGAGGAAAGGUUCUAUGUUUGAUAUAGCAGGAUUAGACACAACCCACUCACCUAUACCUGAAGAAGGAGAUGAACAAUCUCUGGUUGAGCCUACAACAAUGGAACCAAUUGAUACAAUGAAUCUAGCUGCCAUGUCACUUCCUCCAAUGAAAAAAGAGGAAGAAAAGGAAGAAGUUGAGGAGAAACUGGAACCAACAGAAGUGAAACUGAUGUUGUUUCCAAGUCAGAUACAUAAACUUAGUUGUUUAUUAUCCCUGCUGGCACACCUCAGAGACCUUGUUGAGGGGUUGUUGGUGAUGGAAAGUGUGUCACCAUUACAGAGUUUGGACUGGAAGUCACAACUUCAAUAUAGAUUUGCAAAGGAGAACAGAGGUGUCAGUGUGAAGUGCUUAGAUGUUGAGAUGGAGUAUGGGUUUGAGUAUAUAGGUUCCAGUGCGCGUGAAGUGAUCACACCACAGACAGAGAGGUGCUUCGUAGCUAUGACUCAGUCUAUCAAUGCCUAUAUGGGAACAUUGUGUGUUGGACCAAUUGACAGUGGAAAGUAUGAAUUAGUGCAUGAACUGAGUCACAGUUUCGGACAUGCUAUGUACAAAUUCAACUGUACCAAGAGUGUUGAUUACUGUGGCCUACAGGACAUUUUCAGGGGAAUGGCUUCCACUGGCUGCUGGAUAUCAUUCAAUAACCUCAACUCACUACUGCCAUCUGUGCUAAGUGUGUUUGCACAGCUUAUCUCCACUGUGUUUGAAGCUCUUAGGGCAGGAAAAGCUGCUGUACAUUUACAAUCAGACGAUAUUCAGUUGAGCCCCACAGGGGCUUGUUUUGCUCUUAUUGACAGCAGUGUGCCGGUGACGGCAACAAAUCCGGACAAAUUGCUCAUUUUCCCAUCUGUAACGGCAUCAUUGCCAGACCAUGUGAUGAGACAGUUUAGAACAGUUUCAGUAUCAAGACCAGACCUUAGACUUUGUCUUGAAGUGAUGUUGUUUAGUCAAGGAUUUAUCAAUGGAUCUGAGCUGGCUGAGAAGACAAUGACGUUGAAAGAACUUUCCUGCAAGCUGCUUGGAACCAACACUUUCAUCACAGAAAAUGUUUCUCUUGACAAUAUCUGGAUGGGUGUGGACAUCAGUGCUGGCUUCAAUGGGUGGAGUUUGAAAACAUUGAAAGGAGUUGUAGCAGAAGCUGGGGCUCACCUGGAGACAUUCACUGCAGAACUUAGCGAAGCAGAUACUGAAAGUGACAUUGAGGAGGAUGAAGAGGAAGAAAAUGGGUCAGAGAAAGCUGAGAAAGUACUGGAUGGAGAUAAGAGCUUGCGGCUGGAAGAGCAAGCCAUGGUUACAGCUCUACGAGAUUCCUUCUUGCCCCGCAUGGUUGGUAGGGAUGCUAGUGUGUUUGUUACACUUGUCAGUGAUGUCUGGCCCAUGGUAGAUAUCCCAAUGGUGUUUGGUGGAGAUGAAGAUGUCAUGGAUAAACUGCCAGAAAGUAAUUCUCGUGUCAGCUCUAAAGGUUCCAGUAGGAUCAGAACUGCUAAAAGUCAGAGUUCGACAAAAUCUGUGAGAGGACUCCAUGUAGAAAUAAUAGAAUCUAUAAACUUGAACACACCUGUGGUGAACAUGACACAAGGGGACAGAUUUGCAUACAUUGAUCCAAACCAGAAGCAGACAUUAGAAGAUAUACAAGAUGCUAUUGCCGUGGCAACAGGUGACCUAGGACUACUUCCAGGUGUCGCGUUCCAGGCUAGAGUUGCUCAGUUGGCACAACUCAAUGCUGCCCAUCAGACUAUAUUUGUAGUAGGUCCAGCAGGCUGUGGUAAGAGCGAAUGUAUUAAAACAUUCGCUGUAGCUGAAAGAGAACGAGGAAAAACAAUCAGCGUACAGACUGUCUUCUCAAAAGCUGUUGAAUCAGAGGAGCUUAUGGGAUAUUUUGAUUCCAAAACAAAGGAGUGGAAGGAUGGUCUGUUUGCAUCAUUACUGAGGAAGUUUUGUGUGCAGCCACCAAACUCAAAUUACAGUUAUAAAGCCAAACCUGUCAUGAAGAUCAUGCAGCUUGAUGGAGAGGCGGACCAUGGUCAGUUAGAGCUGUUACAGAGUAUCUUGAUGAACUGUGGAUCAAUGGUCCUUGGUAACAAUGAGAGAAUUGCAGUACCAGAUACACUUAGAUUCAUGUGGGAGCUUGAAUCACUUGCCAAAAUGAGUCCGUCACUGCUAGCUAGUGUAGGGGUGAUGGUAAUGAGUAAUACAGAUGUUGGCUGGCAACUCAUGCUUGUACAAUGGUUGGAACGUAGACCAGAUACAGACAAAGACCUUCUUACAGGUUUCUGUGAUGUGUAUAUCUACAAGACAAUCAACUACAUGAGUGAGUGUACGAGACCUCACAUGUUUACUAGUGCCAAGUCACCAUACCCACAGUUCAAGAGAGCAAUAAUUCAUACAGUGGAGAACAUGAUCAUGACUUUUACCACAUUGUUAGAUACCAUUGUGAACCCAUACCCAGAUCUGAGUGAUGUCGAGUUUGAGAGAUAUUUCAACUUUGCAUGUAUUUGGGCAUUUGGAGGUACAAUAGAGGUUGAACAUAGAGAAGCUUUCAGUUACUGGUGGAGAGAGCAGUUUGAACAACACAUUGACUUCCCAGAUGAAGGCUUGGUGUUUGAUUUUAUGGUGGAUACAGAAACACAUGAGUUUGUGAGGUGGACAGACAUUAUGCCAGCAUACAGUGGGACACCCCACAUUGGCAUUCCGUCCGAUGCCUUUGUACACAGUGUGCAGAUAGAGCAGAUUAUGACUAUACUGGGAUUACUGACUGAUGCCGGUAAAUCGGUGCUCCUUGUUGGAGAAAACGGUUGUGGUAAAACAGCGAUAGUGAAUGAGAGGAUUAGAACAGUGUGCUCUGGUGAAGUGGCGGAGGUCCUUUCUCUCACUGUGCAAGCUAACAGGUUUACAAAUUCCAAGCUGUUGUAUGACCGUCUGGAUGAGAGACUUGAAUGGAAGCAUGGUAGGACAUAUGUACCAAAGGGCAACAAAAGACUUCUAUGCUUCGUGGAUGAUGUCAACCUAUCAAUGGUUGACAAAUGGGGAGAUCAGACAGCUAUUGAGUUGAUACGAGAACAUAUAGACGAUGGCGGCUUCUACAACCAGGACACACAUGCUUGGAGAUACGUGAAGAACGUGACAUACGUGAGCACCGUGAAUGCAAACACGACAGCUAACAUACCUAAACUGAGCCAGAGAUUCCUCAGGCACUUUGCCAUGUUUGCAGUGCCAUUCCCAUCAAAUUCUGAGCUGCAGACAAUAUUUACAACCCUGACUCACACGCAUUUCAUCACACCCGAAACAGCACAGGGAGCAACAGGAGUACAUCAUAGUAACUUUGAUGAAAAGGCUUUGAAGAGACAACAAGAGAAUGAAGAAAUACUGAAGAAAUUGUUGUCCAUGAUCGUCCAGGUAACCAUAGAGUUACAGGAACGACUUAGAUCUAUGUUCCUGCCAACCGCACAGCGAUGUCACUACAUCUUCACGGUCAAAGAUCUCUCGUGUAUUUUCAAGAAUAUUUGCCUGUCCUUACAACCUGGAGUAGCCAAGAAGAAUUUAUUGUUGCUAUGGCAACAUGAGUGUUACUGGGUAUAUGGACACAGAAUGGUGAAUGAAGUAGACUUCCGCCGCUUCAGACAAGCUUUUAAUGUUUCCACCAAGAAAGAAUUUGCAGAUGAUGAACUGGUACAGACAAUGAUUAGAACAAGACAGCCACAGUUCAGUAACCUGAUAGAACAGGACAGUGGCAUAGUGACCGCAGGUAUGAUAGAUACCCGGCACAGCACCAAGGUGUCGGAGGAGGAUGCCAAGACUGACCUGUACAAACCGUUCAAUAAUCUCAAUGAAGUGAAAGAUCUGAUGAGUAAAGGUGUGGAGGAAUACAACAAAAUACAUCCCAGGAUUAAAUUGUCACUAUACAAGGCUGUGGUUGAUCAUGUAUGCCGUCUGGCUCGUACUGUCGCAUCACCCCAUGAGAAUGCUCACUGUGUCCUGGUAGCCGAGGGCAGCCCUGGUCAGUCUACGGUUGUGGUGAAACUUGCUGCCCAUCUGUGUGGUUAUACAGUAUACCAGAUCAAUCCAGCACCACUUGGUUCAAGUAUUGAAUACAAGAUGGAGCAGUUUAAAGCAGAUCUUGUACAAGGAUAUACCAGAGCAGGAGCAAAGGAUGUGUUGUGUGCAUCGUCACGACGAAACUGUGCGGGAGAGAAGAUACUACUGCUGUUACAUGAGGAGGAACUGCUGGCUGAAGAUUUCCUGGUCUUCUUGAUUGAGUUCAUCACAGGGGGCGCCAUCAGUCACUUGUUCCAGUAUGAGGAGCAGACGACAAUUAUUAACUCUAUAAGAACAGAGGUCACACAGGCCGGCCUCACUUAUACCAGAGAUGUGGCCUGGAACUUCUUCCUCAAAACUGUGAGGAACAAUUUCCGUGUAUGUCUGAUAGCUGGAGAUGGUGGCAAGAACUUUCAGCGCCGCUGUCGAGAGUAUCCAGCCUUCACCAAAAAUGUGAACUUUAUCUGGUUCCCACACUGGUCCAAAACACAGCUUGUUGAGCACGCCAUGUACCAUUUACAAGAAAUGCCUUGGAUGAAUGAGGUACAGCGGGAAAAUGUUGCCCACAUGUUGGCGUCCAUGCAUCUAGUCCUCCGACAACAGGAUGGUCAGGAAAGGGACUCUGGAGAAUACAGACAUGUGACAAACACAUCAUAUGAAAAAUUUGUGGAAAGGUUUAUGUCAAUUGCCAACCACCGUAAUGACAAUGUACAACAAGAUCAUGAUGCUGUAGCCACAUCCUUACAUCAGAUACGACGAGAGAAUGAAGUUGCCGUCAAACUUCGCAAGAACCUUGAACAUGAAAUGAUUGUAUUGGAAGAAAGGAAACAGGGUACAAUAAAGAUACUGUCUCAGAUAGGUCAGGACACAGCUAUCACAGAACAGCAGAUUAAAGUGGUCAAGGCACAGCUUGACAAAAUCUCCAAACUAAAAAAGUCCCUGCCUGAGUACCAGGUGGCCCAUGAGAGAGCUGUAUACAAGGCAAUAGCUAUUGUUGCUGAUACAAAGAAGGUGGUACAGAACAUCAACAUUGAUAAACUACAUGAACUAAGGGCCAUGCAGAAACCUAUCAUUGAUAUAGAGGACCUGAUGGCAGCCAUCAUAAUGAUAUUGAAAUCCCCCUCAGCAGAUCUUACAUGGCAGAAAGGUGCCAAGAGGCAGAUGGCAAAUAUUGAAAGGUUUAUUGAGGAGUUGAUGUCCUUUGAUGAUCAACAGUUGCCAGAAUCCACACUUGCUCUUGUAGAACCAUAUCUGAAGAAACCAACAUUUGAGCCUGAUACUCUGGAACGCAAGACCAGUAACUCCGCUUGUGGCUCACUCUGUAAAUGGGUGAGAGGGGUAGUCAGGUAUCACCGGAUGAUGAUCUCUAAGGUUAAACCACUCCAUCAGAAGGUUGAUGAAACAACAGCAGCUGUUGAUGAUGCUGAACACAAGAUGUCUACACUGGAGAACAAACGUAAGGCCCUGGAGGUGCGACUGUCUGGACUGGCUAAAGGGUUUGAAGAAGCUACUAUUGAUAAGAAUGAACAGGAGGAGAAGACUGUGAAAAUGAAGAAGAUGCUUGAGACUGCUGCACAGCUGAGAAAGAUCCUUAAAGGAGAAAGACAGCGCUGUCAGCAGAUCUAUGAUUCUCAUGAACGACGCCAAGUAUCCAUAUCUGGAGGUUGUGCAAUGGCAGCAGGAUUUGCCACCUACCUAGGACCAUAUCAUCAUAAUUUCCGCCGUAUUAUGUUGACCGUACACUGGCCUAACUGUCUUAGAGAGAGAGGAAUACCUCUUGUGAUAGAUUCCAUCGAUGGACUUAAAGGUCGUGUAAUAGACUGGUCUAUAGACUUCCUGAAGACAGCAUCUGGUGCCAGUCAGGUGUAUGACGUCGAUUACACGUCAGCCUUACUUGCUGAAGACCACAAUACAAAAAUGAAAAAGGAACUUCAGGAGAUUGCAGAAGAGGAUGAAAAUGCUGUAGAAAAGGAGGGUACAGGAGAGGAGAAAAAAGAUGGACAAGAAAAGGAAGAAGGGAGAGAUACUACUGAGAAGGAAAAUGACAGAUCUAAGGAAGAUGAAAAAGACCGUGAGUCACCAGUCCUUGAAGAGAAAUUUGAAUCCCAGGAAGGUUUGGAGCCAGAGAUGAGAGAGGAUGCCAGUGCUGUAGAUGAGGACAGCCAGAGUCAGUACACAACGAGUACAACACCUAUGUUGUCUUCAACACAGUAUAACAGAUACAUGAAAUCUCUCAUAAAACUACUUGUUGGUGAAAUCACUCUCAACAACUGGCUUAAACAAGAUUUUGGUCCACGUCAGAUAGAGAAUGCUGCUAUUCUAUGUUCAUCCUGGCAGAGACCCCCGAUGUUGAUAGACCCUAACAAUGAUGGUGCAGUGUGGCUGGGUAGAUUAAAUGCUCUCAUGAACAACAGGAAACUUGUCUCUCUUGACAUGGAAACUAGGACGGAUCCCCAUGUCAUCUUGACACUUGAGAAAGCAAUCAUGCGAGGAAAGCCUGUGUUGCUUAGGAACUGUCAGGAACAUAUAGACAACAUUAUCACACCCUUGAUGCAUCACAGAAACACUGCUAAGGAAGAUGACAAAAACGAAGAACCAAGAAUGAUCAAGUUCUGUGGCAGACGUAUCCUGUGUCAUGAAGAUUUCAGGUUUUACUUGUCAAGUCCACUACCAAAACCAAAGUUCAAUCCAGAGAUAGCCUCUACCACCACCAUUAUAAACUUUGGUGUGUCACAUGACACUCUUACAGAGGAUUUACUGACCAGGGCUUUUGCUAGAACUCGGCCAGACCUGUACAAAGAGCGUAUUCUAGCUCUAAAGAACGUUGAAGUUCAGACUAAAACAUUGCAUCACUUGUCAGUGACAGUUCGAGAUAAAGUUUUAACAAACCAGGAAGCAAUUAUGGGAAGUGCAAAGGCUGUGAAGUUCAUUACAGACUUUACAAAUGCUAAAGUUGAGUUGUCAAACAAAUUGCAAGAGACAUUCACACUGAUGGACGACCUUGAUGCACUGAAGGAUGAGUUGUAUCCCUUGGCACGCAGGGCAGCCAUGUUGUACGCCAUUACAAGAAGCUUACAGAGCAUACAUAAUGAGUAUCAGUUCUCACUGGAAUAUUUUAUCAAUCUGUUUGAUGAAGCUGUAGGUGGUGAAUUACCUGAUGAGUUUAUACAGGGUGUCAACAUAGAGGAAGGAUAUGAGGAUGAUGAUGACCUUUCAAGUCGGGAUGGAGAUCGUAAAACACGUGUCGGCAGUUCAUCUUCGCAUGGUUCCCGUGACGAUACAGGAGAGAAAGGAACCGACAAACAGACAACAGCUACGAAACAUGAUGCUGGUCAGAAUGAGGCUGACUUUGAUGAAAAAAGUAAACAAGAACCAACAGAGGAAUCUGCAAGUACAAGUGCAGCACAGCGUCUGGUGGCUGGUACAGAGUCAGAAGAGUUACCUGCCCUUGAGCUACCCCAGACUGCUGCCCUGCCAUCAGAAGGCGUGGAAUACUCGAGCUUCUCAGCUAAUCAAAUCAAACAACUCAUGGAUAAGUUGACAGGUCUCGUCUACAGGAGAAUUAGAGAGAGUUUGUAUGAAGGCGACUGUUUAUUGUUUGCUACCCUACUAUGUCUGAACAUACAGGCUGAAGGUGGAGAGAACUUCACCAAUGAGGAAAUGUCUCUCUUGUUACAAGGUAACCCUGGUCUUGGCAUGCAGCUGACAUUGGCUGACUUUGAUUGUAAAGAUGAAGCUCCAGUUUGGCUACCCCAGGAGAAAUGGGAGGAUAUCCUGGCCCUUUCUGUGUUGCCUGGACCUUUAGAUUCCCUCUGUGUAAACUUUGCUCAGUGUUCAGAUGCAUGGAAGAGCUGGUACAAGGGAGAUUAUCCAGAGCAAGAACCGUUACCACUAUCUGUUACAGCUGCAGGGGCAUCCAUGGAAACGCGUCCUGGCUCCUCUGAGAGCACAAGGAGUGCAAAAGAGAACCAGACUAAAUCACCAGAUCUUGGACCGCUGACUGAAUUCCACCAGCUACUCCUGCUGAGAAUGUUGCGUCCAGACAGACUUCCAGUUGCUCUGGGCAAAUAUAUCAACAAAUAUCUGACACUCAAUCUGCCAGAUCAAAUAGAGUUUAACCUGCAGGAUACGUUACGUGACUCCCGGCGUCACCUGGGAGUGCUGUUACUGCUUCCAGAAAGUUUAGCUUCUGUCAAGUCACAGCCAGUUACCAGGCUUAAAAUGACUCAUCCACCAGUUGAUGUUCUCUUCAAACUAGCUAAGACUGAAAAUGUCAAUGUAGAACAUGUACGUAUUGGUGAGGGUAGUGAAGUACUUGUAGAGGAGGCUAUUGAUACUGCCGAGAAAAAUGAGGGCUGGGUCGUCAUAGAGGAUCUGCAUUUAGCACCAGAGAAAUUCUUCAACCAGCUUAAAAAGCAUUUGAUUCGUGUCUAUAGGAGCAGAGAAAAAUUAAGAGCUAAUAACCCAGAAGAAAGACAGAAGUCAAGCAAAUUCUGCGUUUGGAUCACGAGUGAACCAGGUCAGAAUAUCCCUGACUUUUUGCUUCUCAAUCUCCACAAGGUGGCAUGGAAUCACAUGACGAUGGAUAUAUUACAGCCAGAUAUUGCUGAGAGUAACACAGAGACUGGUGACGGUGGAGAAGCACCACUAGCUAUAAACUACAAGUCUCCAAUGACCUACCUACAUACAGCCAUUGUGUCAACCAUGAAACAAAUACCGACCAAGGUCUGGGAGCUCGUUCUACACGAAACACAGAAUAUUAGAAAUAUUGCAUUUUCUAUAGCGGUCAUACAAUCCAUGCUAGCUGCUCGCCAGUUAUUCGGGGCCCAGGGACUCAGUCAGUACUAUCCGUUCACAGAAGUUCAGACUGGACAAGCUAUUUUGCUAGUUGUCGGCAGACUUUUGAGGCCAACUGAUGAGGAGGGAGGGGAACCAAACAAAGAGAAAUUAACACAACUUAUCACACAGGUGAUAUACGAGAAUACAGCAUACAGUGAGUUUGACAGGGAAUAUGUGAGAGCAGUUGUCAGAAAUGUUUUACAUAAUGUAUACACAGACUCCUCUGGUACACUUGUACUUGGAACGGUAGCCAUACCUACUCCACCUGCUAAUGUUGAGCCAAGUGAGUAUGCCUGGUGGUAUGAGAAGAACGUGGAUGAAGAGUUCACUCUUGCUGCUUUACAACUUCAUACCAGUGUAGAGAAGGAGGCUUGUGUUGCAAGCUCAACAGAGUUUAUCACCCACAUGGAUCACAUGUUUGAGACCCAAAAUAUGGAAGCAGGAGAUGUUGCCACGAGUCAGGCAGAUGUUAUAAACAUUAAACGCCUCAGGUCAUCUCUAGAUAUCUGUUUAGAAGAUUUACCUCCCUUGUUAGAGUUAGGCCAAAUACCAGAUACCUUGCAACAGGAUUACAACUUCCCAUACCAUUGUCCCAGUGUGAUCAGCAUUGCAACAGCAUCAAGCACAAUGAUGCCAGAAACCAUUGGAUACGUCCUUCUACAGGAAUGCUUGUGGCUGAACUCGAUACUGUGCCACAUCCGUCAGCAGAUCAGUGAGUUACAUGAGAGAUUGAUGGGUGGUCCAGAAGCUCUGCCUCAUGUAUAUAUGACCACAAUACUUAGUCUGCAGGAGGAACAUGUACCAAUUUCAUGGGUACAUCCAAACUCACAGCCAUGUACACAUUCCCUAGUCUCCUGGCUGCAAGAUAUGGAGAGACGAUAUGACCAGCUACAGUCAUUUGUAAAAUGUGGAAUGGUGCCAACAUUUACUGAUGGUCAGGUUGGGGAGAAUCCUGUUAUUGGACAUGGCAGACUGACUAAAAUCUGGUUAGGAGGUCUUGUAAACCCAGAGGCUCUACUUGCAUCAAUCAGACAAGAGAAAGCUGUGGUCAGCCAGUGUAAUAUUGAUGACAUUGUAUUUGAAUGUGUGGUCCUGGACACUGACAGUACUGCUGAGUAUGAUAUAGAUGAGGGUGGAAUGUUUAUUACAUCUGUGUAUUUACAAGGUGCUGCCUGGGAUUAUGAUAAUGACUGUCUACAAGAUGCAAGCUCAGCAUUGUUUCACAUACCAAGUAUUUACCUGAAACCAGUUAUACGGGCAGAAUCCCCUGAUCCAGAGACCCAGGAAAAUAGGAGCAAAAAAAUAUAUAGCUGUCCUGUCUACAUGAACAGGAGUCGGCAGUAUGAGAUUGUACAGUUACAGCUAAACUGUCCACCACCGACUGAUACAUGGCACCUUGCCAGAACCGCUCUUGUCCUUGAUGCGGGUCUCCCUGAGGAUGGUGUGAAGAAGUCACGCUCAUACUUAAUGAACCUCCGUGCAGCAGCCAUGAUGCCAACAGAAGAGUCGGAUGAGGAAUCUGAAGAUGCUGAUGAAGAACUUGAAGAGCUCGAGCCUGAUGAGUCGGAUACAGAAGAAAUUGGACACUCGGAACCUUCUCAGCUCUCAUAUAGACCCCUAAGUCCCAAGGCACCACCACUCCCACCGGGGCUCGGCUUAUUACGUGAACCUCCAAUGGAUGAAGAGCCAGACUCUGCAAAAUCCAAGGGUGGUAAGAAGUCCCCAGCAGACAGAAAAACACCCACACGAAAAACGCCAUCCCGUACACCACCAAAAACAACUCCGCCAAAAGUGUCUCCAAGGAAAACACCAACACCUAAAGGGGACAGAACUCCAACAUUACAAGCAUUCCCUGAGGACAAGGACAAAACAAAGGAACAGAAAGAAACAAAAGCCGAGAGACAAAGUCCUGGAGGGCGAUUAUCCCGAGGCUCUAAGGGAUCUCGAGGUAGACUCUCACAAGCCUCAAAGAAAGGAAGCGGAGAUAUUGAUGCUGAGGAUGAAACAAGACCAUUUUCCCAGGCACAUGAGGAUCCACUAACACAGGUGGAGAUUGAGACAGAAGAGGGAGCAGAAGGAACAACAGAGAAAGUUGAAUCAAGGGUAAACACACCAGGAGAACAGAAAGAAGGUUCUAGAGUCGGAACACCACAAAAACAGAAUGAAACUGCAAAUUGAUAACAUAUAUAAUUAUAUAAUCAUCUCAUAAUGUCUCCUUUAACAGUUGACAGUGCUUUUUAGUUUAAAGUUUGAAUACAUAAAUAAUAUGAAACAAAGACUUUUAUGUGGAUGUUGUUUUGGAGAUUAGUAGUUGGAAUACAUGGGAUGAAAUGAAUAUUUAUAAGUUGGCAGUGUUUUUAAUGUUUGAAUACAUAAUAUGAUACAAUGACUAUUAAGUUGACAGUGUUUUUUAGAUUGAAAGUUUGAAUACAGUGUAUGACAAAAGGACUACCAGAAAGAGAAUGAAUUGUUUUUAGUGCUAAAUUUACACUCACACUUUACCUAUUUUGAAAUAUAUAUGACACUUAUAUCCAUCCAUUUAUCUUUGAUGUUUUAGUAAGUUUUCUGUUUUACAUUUUUCCUUCCUUUCAUUGAUAAAUACAGCAUUAUCUGACCUUGAAGCAUUAAUUUCGUCCUUGGCUUUUGUGUGUUGUACAGAAGACUGGAUGUCAUUUAAUUGUUUUUUGCAAUGUGUCCAUCCAUUGAAAUAUUAAUGAAAAGAAAAAUGUUUUAUAUUAUCUAUAGAUUAUUGUAACUUCUCUUUUUCAGAAAAAUGACCAGCUAAAAUAAGUGAAGGGAAAUUAGUGACUGCUUUUAUGGGUUGUGUGAUAUUAAGAUUACCAUGUUAUAUUGAUCGUGUUAUAUUAUUUAUGUCGAAUAGCAUGUUAUUAUAUCAUUAUGUAGAGACUGAUAAUUUGCAAUAAAGUUACUGCCUUCUACUACAUUCCAAACACUGGUAUCAUUGUAUAAUGCAGACAGACACAGGCAAGUUGUAAACAUUUUGUGUCUCAUCUUCAGCUGUGCCUUGAAUACUAAAUAUUUACAGUGGCAAUUUUACAUCUACAGUAUCUAUAUUUGCAUGUAAUGCGACAAACUUGUAAAAAAGCAGUUCAAAAUUAGAAAUAGAAAAUCAGAACAAAUGUGCCAAUAAGGAAUAAAGUUGUGUCUAUUUGAUAUUUCAUUAAAGCCGUCCAUUGAUCAUGUUAUAUUUGAAUGUUAUGUCUAUUUAUUAUAUGUCUGUUGUGAUAUUGAUGAUAAAUUAUUCUGUGUUAAAAAUAAAGAAAUAUAUGUAUUUUUUCUAAAUGUUUGUUAAACAAAAUAAAGAAAAAACACCA